CAUGCAGGAGAACUAUGAGAAUGUGACCUCGCUGGGCUACAGAGUAAUGUCCACGUUUCUCUCCACAUCAUCCCAUCCUCCCACGGGGAAGGAAAUGGCUGCAAUGGAGCUGGCUCAGAGACUGGUGACUUUCGAGGAGGUGGCUGUGUAUUUCACCAGGGAAGAGGGGGCUCUCCUGGAUGCCACUCAAAGAGCCCUCUACAGGGAUGUCAUGCAGGAGAACUAUGAGAUGGUGGUCUUGCUGGGGUUUCCAGUUUCCAAACCUGAUGUGAUCUCGCAUUUGGAACAAGGGGAAGAGCCCUGGGUCCCAGACCUCCUGGGCUCUGAGAAAGAAGUGUUCCCAAGAGCUGCCUGCACAGGUGUUGGGAUGGUGAGUGAGAACAAGGAGAAACCCCAGCAGGAAGAUGCUGAGCAAGUAGAACCACAUGGGACGUUAUCAGUAAGAUCCAAAGGGAAUGUUUCCAGGAGUUGUGCACUCCCAGAAAAAGAAAAAGCCUCUGAGAGUCAGCACAGGCCAGAGGAAAACUUCAAUAGCCACUCAGACCUUAUUACAAGCGAAAGAAUCAACUUGGAAGGAACACACUACACAUGCCAUGAGUGUGGGAAAAGCUUCAAUGGGAGCUCUGACCUUCUCAAACAUCAGAGAAUCCACAGAGGAGAGAGACCCUACAUAUGUCCUGAAUGUGGGAAAAGGUUCAAUUGGAGCUCAGCCCUUAUCACACAUAGGAGAAUCCACACGGGUGAGAAACCUUAUGGAUGCUCUGUGUGUGGGAAAUGCUUCAAUCGGAGCUCACACCUUAUCAGACAUAGGACAGUCCACAUGGGUGAGAAACCUUAUGGAUGCUCUGUGUGUGGGAAAUGCUUCAAUCGGAGAUCAAACCUUACCGCACAUAGGAGAAUCCACAUGGGUGAGAAACCUUAUGAAUGCCCAGAGUGUGGGAAAUGCUUCAUUGAUAGUUCAGCCCUCAUCUCACAUCAGCGAAUCCACACAGGAGAGAGGCCCUACAUAUGCGCUGAGUGUGGGAAAAGCUUUAGUCAGAACUCAUACCUUAUCACACAUCAUAGAAUUCACACAGGAGAGAAACCCUACACAUGCUCUGAGUGUGGGAAACGCUUCAUUGGUAGUUCAGCCCUUACCAAACAUAAGAGAAUCCACACUGGUGAGAGACCUUACACAUGCUCUGAGUGCGGGGAAAGCUUUAAUCAGAGCUCUGUCCUGAUCACACAUAGGAGAAUCCACACAGGUGAGAAACCUUAUGGAUGCUCUGAGUGUGGGAAAUGCUUCAGUCGGAGCUCACAACUUAUCACACAUAGGAGAAUCCACACUGGAUAGAAACCCUACACAUACUCUGAAUAAGGGUAACGCUUCAGUUAUAGCUCAUCCCUUACCACAGAUCAGAGAAUCCACCCAGAAGAGAUGCUGUACACAUGCUCUGAGUGUGGAAAAUGCUUCAAUCAGAGCUCAAGCCUUAUUAGACAUCAGAAAAUCCACAUGAGAGAGAACUGUAACAAAUGCCUUGACUAGGGCUGGCCAAAGAUUUUUUUUUAAAACACAUUUGUUAAUUCCCACAUAGCAAUAUUUGCACUAUCAUCACCAUGGUCUCUCAGCUCCCCCAGAUGAGUUGCCUGGUUCUGCCUUUUGCAGCUCAUCCUUCUUUGGGGUCAGUCAUCUGAUCUUUUCUAUCAACUCCUUUUGAGUCAUAGGAGUGUGUGUCACUCCAGCCAGGAAUGUUCAUCAACUCCAAGUGAGAGACAGAGAAUUGAUCCCAAUAAGCUACACUGCAGCAAAAACUACCUGUGCCUUAAAUCCACUAGGACUGUACAUGGCAUUGGCUGCUCAUUUAAGUGAUCUUGGUGUAAAAAGACAAUUAUAGUUGUAGAGGAGAUGUAGCCCAGGUGCAGUGGUUGGCAUUAGCUUUCCCCUUGACCUGACCUAAACUCCAUCACUUUUCCUAGUCUAAACAAAUCCUGAGCAUCAGGGUUAUACUGUUCCCCCAUUUCAAAGCAAUUGUUAGUCAUCAAGUUCCCCCUUCGGGAACAAAUUAUUUCAUUCCCAGUUGCUUUGAUGUUGCUUCAGGUUGUGCUGGAGAGCAGAUAUUUUUACUACCAUUUUCCUCACUUAAAAUAUAUUGAACUAUAACAAAGAGCAGGAAUAGGGCAGGGAUAGGGAAAAAUGUCAUUUCCCCUCUGUAACAACAGAAGAAGAUAGGAUAAGUAAGUCAGAGGGAUUCCCUUAUUCCCCAUCACCAUCCCAAUCCCCCUGUUUUUCAAUUGGUUAGGCAAAUAUUUUCUCUAAAGGGCUGGGAAGAGGAUUCAUGCAUUGCGCUCCCAAAGCAGUUGUGAGCCAGGCCCUGCAGGAAGUUGCUCCUGAAGAUAUCUCCUUCCUGAUCAGGUGCAUGUUGCCUUUUAUUUGGGAAAUGCAAUCCCUAUCUUGGUAGAGAUGGGAAAAAUGGAAAUGACAUUUCUGUUCAGCUCACCCCUGGGAGAUGCUGCAAAUGUGUAGAAAAUGAAGUCCAUGUUGAAUGUGAUAUAGCUGCAGAAAGAUACCUAUUUUUAAUAGAUACCUGACAUUUGAUGUCUUACGGGGAUUCUAAGACGCACCUGAAUUUAGUCCCUAUUUAAAUCUGUGCCAUCAGAUUAAAGAAAUAAAAGCGCAUAUUUGGGGGAGUUAUACCUCACUAUUGCUACUGAUAUGUUGUGUGUUUGGUGAAGAAUUCUACACCAGAGAAGUGUAAAAUUACUCCAAGUAAAGUCAAAGAUUUGACAAGAACUCAGAUAGAAAUUGCAGGUACUAAUGGUUGAUUUUCACUCCAGAGAUGGAAGCUAUGGUAACCUUUGGUCCAGGUAAACUAUUUUUAGAAUGUUGCUCCCCAGUUAAGUGGUAUUGAUCAUGGUCCUAAAGGAUGUAUUGAUUAAAUUGUGAAUAAUUGUCCUUUACCAUUUGGAUCCAAAGUUUCAUGAAGCACAGCGAGAAACAGCUGAUUCCUUCAGAGCCAUUCCAUGCCUAUGGGUCCCCAUCUGGCUGCCUUGUUGGACAAGAAGCACUUCCAUGCUGUGCAAAUGAUGGUAGCCAAUGGGUGUGUGUGUGUAUCAGAUUCCUUGUUCUGACUGCAGGAUACAUGAAUGCUGAGUCCAUUGUCUGUGAUUUGGUCUCUUAGUUUUGCUCUUGAAUCUAACGCAUUUGUAUCACUUCUCCACCUCCUGAUACUUUGAAAGAUUAGAAAGUGUGAAAGUAGAGCAGAGGUGUUUUUUCUCAUAAUGCAACCUUCCCAUGUAGUGUGAGACCCCUUCCACUCACACUUAUGGGAGAAGACCCAGGGAUAAAUGAACUCACAGAAAUGGAAGGCUCCUAGGUUAUUGUAGAAUUCGACUUCACACAAAGCUCACUGGGUGGAAAUGGGAAAUAAGAGAAAACUGCCCUAUAGGUUUAUAUUUUGUAAUAUUUGAAUAAAUUGUUAUCAGCGACAAUGUAAUUAAAUAGUUAAUUAGUGUAAAGUAAGAGGCUGAUUAUGUGAUAACUUUCAGUGUUACAAUAUAAUUCAGGUUUUAUUCUAGUUUUCUCCCUGCCCCCUCCUACUAUAUAGGAAAUGGUGGCUAAUCCUGAAAUUAAAACCUCACUCCAAAGGAAUUAGAGUGGGGGAAUAUGUGAGAGAAAUAGCAUGUAUGAGAAUAGAGACCCAGUAUAGACUGUAAUUAUUUCUAUUUCAAAUGGAAUUUAUUUUGAUAAACUUUAAAAUAAAUUUUCUGUUAAGAUGAAAAUUUCUUGAGACAAGAUAUGUAACCUUUUACCCAGUUAGAGGGUAAAAGCCACAGAGUUCCAGUUCACUUGUUUGCUUAACAAAGACACAUCGGG